GGUUCGGGUAUGGAGUUAUAAAACAACAAAGUGUUUGUAAGGGUAUGAAUAAAGAUACCAAAUAAAAGGGAAGUGAUGACCGACUCUUCCAAUGUAUGAGGAUCAAUAAAUUGUGAACUAAAUCUGGGUACACAGUUGAAUAAUCUCGGUGCGUGUAAUGAGUUUGAGGUUACAUCUCAAUACAGGGACUGACGGUAACAUGGAAGAUUAAUUAACUGAAACAAAUUAAAAACUCAAUGAGAAAUCACAGACCUAUCAAUUGAAGUACAAUGGUUGCCAACCACAGGUUCCCCUGUUGCCACCACACGCGAAGAGGUAGGUCGUGGGGGUGGUGGUACUGGCGGCGGUAUAAAAUGAGAAGAGGAACGGCGGUUCAGCGGGCAAAUGUUGGUGAAUAAAUGGGGCAAAUAUUGGAAUCGGAAAAAGGAAAUUGGCGGCCGAUUGAUUUGCCAUUGUAGACGAAUGGGGUGGUAAAACUACCGAAGGAUGGCUGGGCAGUAAGGGGAUUCAGGGGGGAUGAUGGCGUUAGGAUCGUUGGCCGGAGAGGGCGGGAGACAAACCGGAAAGCGGCGGGUAAAUGGGUGCAGGGGAGGCUAGGUAUAAUUGGGGAGGAGUGGGAAAGGGCUUUUGUCUGAUUUGGGAACAAACGGAAGCGGGAAGGAGUUGGGAGGAUCUCGAUGGGGUGGAGAAAAUUGUAGGUGAUGACGUGGAAGCAUGUACGGGUGCCAAUUUUGAAUCCAUGGACUAAAUAAUGGGAAUCUGCUUAUAUUAUUUUUUAGAUAGAUUAUACCAUAUGAACUGGUCUAUCAACGGUUAACCAGCAAUUCUAUAAUGGUUAACCACUGAACCAUAAACUACUAACCUUUCCGAUUCCACAUCCGAUAUGGUUCUUAACACGAAGUUAUUUUGGGAGUAACGUCCUCCUUGUUAGUAAGUGGUAUAAGAUUCAUUAUUGAACAUCUCCAACAACUCGAGUCAUUGGUAUCAAGUAUCAACUGGUUAUUGACACUCCUAUCCAUUUGUUUUGGCUUGUGGCCCGUGAGUUUUUUAGCAAGACUGUCGAAACCCGAUUUCAUGGAGUUAUUGAGAUAAACUAAUUCUUAACACUCCUAUCCAUUUGUUUGGGUUUGUAGACCGUGAGUUUGUUACCCAGGCUGUCGAGGCCCGAUUUCAUGGUUGAAUGACACUCAUUGAAUUAUCCAAAACAAAGGUGAUGUUAAUGGCUCAUUGGGCCGAGAAACCUGGAUGAAUACAAAUCCAGGGCUCCGUCUGUUUCCUUCUCUUCUCCCCUUCUAAAACCCUAGCAAAAAGAAUAACACAUCAUCAAAACCGCCUUUCGCGGUCCUCAAUCUCCAGCUCCUUUCAACUCUCUGAAGGGGAAGCUACAACCUUUCACCGUCCAGUUUCCUUUCCAUCAGUCGUCUCUGUUCCCCCUCGCGUCCUUGCCGGUGAGCAUCCAUCAUGGUGAAGAAGAGCAAAAAGAGUAAGAGUAAGAGGGUGACGCUGAAGAAGAAGCACAAGGUUAUCAGGAAGGUGAAGGAGCACCAUAAGAAGAAGGCCAAGGAAGCUAAGAAGUUGGCUCGUACUGGUAAGAAGAAGGUCGAGAAGGACCCGGGGAUUCCCAAUGACUGGCCCUUUAAGGAACAGGAGCUCAAGGCCCUUGAAGUUCGGCGCGCUCGUGCUAUAGAGGAAUUGGAGCGGAAGAAAGCUGAGCGCAAGGAACGGGCUCGAAAGAGGAAAUUGGGCAUACUGGAGGAUGAUUCUGCUGCUAUGGAACUUGGGGCAGAGGAGGAGAAAGAUAGGAAGCAGGUGGUUGAAGUCGCAAGAAAUCGGGAUAGUUCAGAUAAGGUAUUCUAUAAGGAGUUGGUUAAAGUCAUUGAAGUAUCAGAUGUCAUUUUAGAAGUUCUUGAUGCCAGAGAUCCGUUAGGCACCCGUUGUAUUGAUAUGGAAAAAAUGGUGAUGAAAUCUGGUCCUGAGAAGCAUCUCGUAUUGCUUCUGAAUAAAAUUGAUCUUGUUCCCCGAGAAGCGGCUGAAAAAUGGCUAAAGUACCUUAGGGAAGAGCUACCAGCAGUUGCCUUCAAGUGUAGUACUCAAGAGCAGAGGUCGAAUUUGGGCUGGAAGAAAUCUUCCUCUAAGACAGCAAAACCAAGCAAUCUUCUGCAAACAAGUGAUUGUCUUGGAGCUGACACUCUCAUUAAGUUGCUGAAAAAUUACUCUAGAAGUCACGAUAUCAAGAAAUCCAUAACAGUAGGUAUUAUUGGUCUACCUAAUGUUGGUAAGAGCAGUCUCAUUAACAGUCUGAAGAGAAGCCAUGUUGCUAAUGUUGGUGCUACCCCUGGAUUGACGAGAUCAUUGCAAGAGGUUCAAUUGGAUAAGAAUGUUAAAUUGGUAGACUGUCCGGGUGUUGUCAUGCUUAAAUCUCAGGAAGACGAUGCAUCUAUUGCCCUUCGAAAUUGCAAGCGUAUCGAAAAGUUAGAUGAUCCCAUUAGUCCAGUGAAAGAAAUUAUCAAGCGCUGUCCAGAAAGGCUGCUGGUGACACUGUACAAGAUUCCAAGUUUUGAUUCGGUCGAUGAUUUCCUGCAAAACUUAGCUACAGUCAGAGGACGGCUAAAAAAGGGUGGUAUUGUUGAUGUUGAAGCUGCUGCUAGAAUUGUCCUGCAUGAUUGGAAUACUGGGAAGAUUCCAUAUUACACAAUGCCUCCAACGAGGAAUCAGGAAGAAGCUUCAGAGGCAAAGAUUGUUUCCGAGCUAGGCAAGGAGUUUAACAUUGAUGAAGUCUACAAUAGUGAAUCUUCAUUUAUUGGAAGUUUGAAGUCUGUCAAUGACUUCAUUCCUGUUGAAGUUCCUUCCAGCAGCCCACUCAAUUUUGAUGAGAGCAUGUUAGAGGAAAAUAUAAAACCUGAAGCAUCAGGUAGAGCUGAAGAAGGCUCUGACGAAAUGAAGGAAGCUGAAGAAGACCAAGAUAUGGGUACAGAUGCUGGAGAUACCAGCAUGACCAAAUCAAAGAACUCAACCACCAGACAGAAUGAGAAGCUGUAUGCUGUAGAAGGCAUGGUGAACAACAAGAUGAAAAAAGCCGAGAAGAAACGGAGGAAAAAGGCUGCUAAAGUGGAUGCAAUGGAUGAUGAUUAUGACUUUAAAGUGGAUUUCAGGAAGGGUUCAGCCAUGGAUGCCGAUGAAGAAGAUGAGGACGGUGAUGGAAGCCAGAUAAUAGGAAAGGUGCCGAUGUCUGAUGUUCAGUUUCCGGAUGAUGAUUGAUCGAUUGAAGGAGAGAGCAACACUAUAAUCGCUAGAACCUCUCCUUUUUCAUUUACUUUUAGAUGGAAAGCACGGCAACAGUUCUGACAUGAAUGCCUACAGUUUUGAGUGUAUUUGUACUAGCAGACUGCCAUUUUGCGGCUAUCGAUCAAUGAAUGCCUACAUAUUUGUGACUGCAACUUGGUAAACCGAUCAAUGAAUUUGUUCUUGCUUUUCCGGUGAUCGAUCUAAUCCAGAAAGAUUUGUUGAUCUAUUUUAUUCCAUAUGAGAAUGUGAAUGAAGAAGGUACACAGGGUAGUAACACUAAUAUUCUCCCUUGCGAUGAUAGAACACCAAACUUAAAGAAAAACUGUAGAAAGAG